GAAACAAUUUCAAGUAUGCGUGUUACGAAAACAUUGGAAACGGGAAGCAGUAUUUUUCGAGCAGUUGUGAUCCAUCGAAUCUGUCAGAAUUGUAAGCUACCGUGACAAGGACUGUCAAAACUAAUUAUUGACAAGUUAUUAUUUUACACGCAUAAUGACAGAGGAUGCCAGCCAUUUAAAUAGCUAUUUUAAAUGUGUUCUCAACAUGAAUGCAAAAUCUAAUGUUUUAGAAUGCAGAAUCUGCGAAGAAGUAUUUUCCGUAGAAGGCACGAAAGUGCCUCGUCUAUUACAAUGUGGCCACACGGUGUGUCACUCUUGUCUUUUGCGACUCCGACCAUCCAUAUCGGAUCAACAGUUUCUUUUAUGUCCAUUUGAUAGGCAACCGACAGAAGUUACCGACACUGGUGUUUAUAGCUUAAAAAAGAACUUUGCACUGAUCGAGCUAUUAGAAAAAUUAGAACAGUCUAAUGGAGAAAAGUCUUUAAUUUUGGAACGAGAGAAACUGCAAUCAACUCGUUGUGAUGAAGAUGAAUCACAUGUUGCAGUAUUGUAUUGUAUGGUUUGUGCGACUCAUUUGUGCGAGGAAUGUGACGUUAUUACUCAUUCAACGAGAACGUUGACCAAACAUAGACGAGUACCAAUUUCAGAGAAACCAAGAGAAAAACCAAAAUGUCCGAUACAUGCCACGCAUAUUGCAGAUUUUACGUGUACUCAAGAAGGCUGUCACAAUGCAUUGAUGUGUUAUCUAUGUAAAGAUUAUGGUCGUCAUAAUACUCAUAAACCUGCACUAGUCGAAAUUGAAGCUGAGAAUAUCAGACAAUCAAUUAUUACUGCACUUCAAAAAAUGACGCAAUUUAUGGAAAACAUGAGGGAUACCGCGCAUAGAAUUGAAACUGUGAUACAAGAACUCGAAGGUUGGGCAAUUGAAAAUGCUCGGCAAAGAGUACGGCAGCAUUUUGAAGAAUUGAGAUCUAUGCUAGCGGAACAAGAGAAGGCUGCCAUGACAUGUAUAGAUACAGAAACUCGUAAUAGGUUAGCUGCCCUGCGACAACAGCAAAAAGAUUUAACUGGAGCCAGAUCACAGGUUGCUGAAAUCUGUAUCCAGUGUGAAGGUAUAUUAGAUUCCGAAGACUGGAAGCUACUGAGCAGUGCUGAGAAAGUCAAAGAAGUUUUAGUAUCUUUAGAACAACAGCAACAAUAUUAUGCUCAGCUGAGUCCUGAUUUGCUUACUCCUGAAUCAUCAAUUCCUAUCAUAUUUAGCAGGGACAAUAGAGUACAUAUUGGAACAAAGAUCGAUAUGAGGGUAGUAAUCUUGGGAUUAGAUGGAGCUGGGAAGACGAGUAUUCUUUCUGCAAUGAGAGGCAUGACUCUUUCAAGUCCGCCAAUUCCAACUAUAGGUUUCAAUGUGGAGAGCCUGGAAUAUAAGAAUCUAGUAUUCACCCUAUGGGAUGUAGGUGGUCAGCAUAAAUUUCGACCACUGUGGAAACAUUAUUAUCAUAAUACGCAGGCAGUAAUCUUUGUAGUCGACUCCAGCAAAAGUUCUCGUUUUGAAGAAGCUCAAAAGGAGUUAUCGAAAAUAGUUAGUGAGCGUGAGCUUAAAGACGCUCUUUUUCUAAUUUAUGCCAAUAAACAGGAUGUAGCAGGCUGUGCAAGUGUUGAAGAAUUGACCGAUGUUCUAUCUUUACAAAAACUAUGUUGCGGUAGAACAUGGCACAUUCAAGGUUCUUCGCCGUUAAUUGAUGCCAGCAGCUCUACCCAAGGUUUGGAUUGGCUUACACAACAGCUAAGUGCUCAUGGGGCUCUUUAUCCAACUCAAACCGUAUCUUAAAGUAAAUAUAAGAAUGCUAAUUACGACAAAAUUACAUGCCCAUUCUACUUCCAUAUCAUUUACUGAUUUGUUCUCUUAAAAACUAUCGAAUUAUGAAAAUCAUGGCAGAGUACAUAUUUAAAUGGAAAGUUAAUACUUACUUGUUUGCCAGUUUUAUACUAUAAUACAGUUGCUUUGUCACUAUAACUUUUCAUGUUAAAGGAAACUUAAGUUAACGAGAGCUUCUAAACAAGAGCAUGUAAUAAUUUCUUGCAAUAUUAACAGAAUUCUAUUAACCAUCAUUUAUGGGAAAACAAAUCCCAAAAUAUACUCUCAUGGGAAUCUGCAUAUUCAUUAAUUUAUCUUUCCUGUCAAAAAUGAAAUACACUCAUCUUUGCCACUGUAAUCAAUGAAUCUACGAAACGAAUCUCACAGCUAGAUAUUGUCCAAGAAUAAACAUCCUGAGCACAUCUA